AUGGUUACCGGUCAGUACGCCGCACCUAGGGCACCGCAAGUUGGAUGUACGUUGGAGCAGUUUUCUCGUCAGCACUCUCCAACCUUUGAUGGAAGGUUAAAUGCUAUGGAUGCAAAUAGUUGGAUUGAAUGUUUGGAGCAAAUUUUUGAGGCGUUGUUCUGCACAGAUGAUCAAAAGGUUAUUUAUGCAACAUACAACCUAACAGACCUAGCUAACAAGUGGUGGAAGUCAACUCAGACACUUUUACAGAAUGAACUAGGGGAAGGAGUCCCCAUUACUUGGGAGCGCUUUAAGGAGGUAUUCCUGGAUCGUUUCUUUCCACAGUCUUUACAAGAGUCGAGAGCACGUCAGUUCAUGGACCUCACACAGGGAACGAUGACGGUUGAUCAAUAUGCCACCAAAUUCAUGGAGCUAUCUCGUUACGCUAGUUAUCUGAUUCCAGAUGAAGAAAAGAAAGCUGAGAAAUUUGAACGUGGUUUGGACUGGAGAAUUAGAGAUCGAGUACGUGCCCUUAAGAUUCAAAAUUUUUUUGAGCUGGUGAAUCGAGCCACUAUUGUUGAAGAGGGUAUCUUGGAGAGUAUCAAAUAUAAUAAUCAGAAGAAGCGCCAGCAACAAUCACAACCGCUCCAAUCUGCACCAAACAAGAAUAAGAGGCCUCAUCGUGAUAGCAGUCCAGGGCCACAAAUAGGAGGACAAACUUAUCCUACAUGUUCAACAUGUGGGAGGAAGCAUAUGGGAAAAUGCUUAUAUGGCCAGAACGUGUGUUUCAAGUGCAGGAAGCCGAAUCAUUUAGCUCGUGACUGCCCUAUGAAGAAAUCUGGGGAACCAGGAAAAAGUGGAGGGCAGAAGAUGACAGCUACAACAUGUGUAUAUUCCCUCACCCCUGAUGACGCUGUGGCGUCAAAUGAUGUAGUCACAGGUAGAGCAUCAGCAGCCAGCAAGAGAACUGAAGCCAUUAUUGUUCCAGAAUGGAAAUGGGAGGACAUUUCCAUGGAUUUCAUACUUGGAUUGCCAAGGACUUCGGCAGGAAAAAAUUCUAUAAGGGUUGUUCUUGAUAGAUUGACAAACAGUGCUCACUUUUUACCAAUUACCAACACUGACUCUAUGAAAAAGUUGUCCAAGCUAUACGUUAAGGAGAUAGUUUGGUUGCAUGGAGUAACGGGACAAUUGUGUUAG